CCUGCUCACCUGUAUUCCCCCUGAUUCUAUCGUCACUGCUCUCACACUCACAUCUGCUUCUCUACCUGGAAACAUUCACACAGGUUUGUAGUUGUCUCCUCAUCAUGUCAGUCUGCAGCAGAACUGUGGAGGGAGUGAAGUCCGUCAUUCUGUCCUGCAAAGGCUUCGAUUCACAGCAGACGGCAAAGUUCUACGACAGCUGGGCACAGACGUACGAACAGGAUGUUAAGAUCAUUAACUACAGAGCAUCAGAGCUGGGGGUAGAUUUCCUGAAUUCGCACUUCUCUGGGAAUCGUGAAGAGGUUCAGGUUCUGGACGUUGCUUGUGGAUCUGGGAUGGUUGCCAAACUGAUGGUUGAACUGGGCUUCAGGCACUUUGUGGGAGUGGACGGCAGUAAAGGCAUGCUGGAACAGGCUGCUAAGACCGGCCUCUAUCAGGACCUCAGACUGGCUUUACUGGGAACACAACCACUGCCUGCACAGACUGAUACAUUUGAUGUGGUGAUCAUCGUUGGCGCUCUGGAUGCUGGUUUUGUUCCGGUCGGUGUUGUCAGGGAGCUCUGCCACGCCGCCAAACCAGGAGGUUUGGUCUGCAUGGCGAGAGGUGAACACUCAGGAACACCAGCAAACCAAUACAAGAAGGAUCUGGAGAGAGAGCUGCAGCUGAUGGAGGAGGAGGGACUGUGGAGUCCAGUAGGAAUCAAACAGACAGACAGAUACAUGGAGGACCCACAUCUGAGUGCAGAGAGAGCCAAAGACAUGCAGGAGGAGCGAUACAUCAGAGGGAGUGUUUAUCUGUACAAGAGAUCCAUCCAUUAAGCUCAAUUAUUAAUCAUAUUCAGUACAUAACAGAAGAGAAAAUCCUAAAUAUUCAGUUACAAAUAAAGUCUGUCAUACAUUCUGUAAAUUCAUUGUGUGUGUAAACACCAGCCAUCUUUUACCUGGUUUGCUGCUCAAAGCUUCUCCAAUAUGAUCAUUUGCUGCUUUUCUUCGUCUCUGAUCUGAUUGUAAACUGAAUAUUUUGGGGCUCAGGCAGUCUGUCAAAGUUUCACUCAUGGGAGCCACUGUGUGAGUUUGAGUUCAGUUUUAUUAUGUAAGCUUCCUUUUAGUUUGAAUGCUGAGCUAUCUUCCAAGUUACAUGGGUUUGCUGACUUCUUGGUUUAAGUUACAGCCGUACAGUAGUUUCUGUUCCCUGUAGUUUUUAUUUUAGAUUAAGAGUCAUCUGUUUCUUUGUACUUUAUUCACUUAACUCCAAUUAAGCAUUUUAUUACCUUCUCCUGAGUCUGAGUCUGUAUUUGGGUUCUACAGCCAGGAUCAGGAUAACAGAAAUCAAUGAAUGCUGGACUUUCACAUCAGCCCAAGAAUACUCUGGAAAAAAAGAGGCUAAUAAUAGACCUGUCUUUAUCCAACACGUCUCUCAACAUCACCCUCAUCUGUCUGUCAGACCACAGAGCUUGGCUUUAUAAAGCAGACAUUACCAGAACAUUCGGUCCUCUUGCACUUUGUCAGGGUUUGCUGGUGUGACUUACCUUUGGCUGCAGAAGCAGUCCCAAGAUCUUUGACUCUCUUCAGAAGCCCUCUGUUGGAUCCUGACCAACAGCUACAGACUCUCUUACAUACUCCAUCUUCAACCAUUCCAUUCUCACCUCCUUGCCUUGGGCUUAUUACUCACACAAGAGCUUUCUUGAGAGAAAAUUGAGCUUGAAGACCCUGGACUCAAUUUCCAAACCAGAUGGUUUGUUAGACCCAUGGUAAAUGGUAAAUGGACUGUAUUUUUAUAGCUCCUUUCUAGUCUUCCAACUACGGAGCCCCUAAAGGGACAUGGGAGAAAAAAAAAAAAAAUGAAACAUUUCUCGUGCUCACAAGAAAGUAUCUCGUGAGCACAAGAUCCGUAUCACUAGAGACAGGCGCAGCCUUAAGCCAACAACAAUAAAAGUCCACAUUUGUACAACCAACAACCGACACUUGAUUGACAGCCUGGUGAAAGCAACUGCAUGAGCGGGUGCUAAUCAACACAUGGCUCAUUUGAAUAUUAAAAUUAGCCCUGUGUCUGGCUUAAGGCUGCGCCUGUAUCUUGUGCUCACACGAUACUUUCUCGUGAGCACGAGAUACGUUUCAUUUUUUACAUUUUUCCCCAUGUCCCUUUAGGGGCUCCGUAUCCGACCACUCAAAGUGCUUUUACACUACAGCCAAUGAAAUUCAAUAGAAUAAAAAGUCCUGCUCAUAUUGGAGACCUUAAAGAGACUGCACAGUGCAGCCGUUAACAAUCUGACUGUGUUACAGUAGCUUUUCAGGAGUUCUGAUGUUUUACUUUUAAACAACCAUCAACAUGCAUAAAUAUGAACAACGUGACAGCUCUUCAACAGCUCUUCAAACGUGAAGCCAAACCCUGAAAGUCCAACAGCAGUGGGACACACUGGGAAACACAAAGAAAAGGCUGGAAAGCUUCACACAUGGACAAACAUUGAAACAAGGGAACACAAAGACAAAACACACUAGUGAGGGAAAGAUAACUAGACAUAGGUGAAACUAAUCAGGGCCGGGCAGAGAAAAGAGACAAAGGCAGGAAGUGAAGUUACUCAAGAUACAUAAGGAAGUCUUUCAACAUAAAACUGGAAUUAAUUUAACUAAAAUCCAAACCAUAACACCCUGGCUGUUGUAUGUGUAUGGGAAAAAGAAGCCCCAUGUUCUACUGUAUGCAGAGGAUUUAUUAUCAUAUGUUGUAACUGUAACUGUAACUGUAACUGUCUGUAAGUCAGAUUUCCCCUCAGGGACAUUAAAGGUAACUUUCAGAAGA